AUGUUCGAGGCUUUAAAACCCAUGAAACAGCUUGUUCUCAGAAGGCUGAAGAAUAUCGAUGUAAGACUGCAUUUGAAAGACAAUAUAGAAAUCAAAUACCAUGGUGGCCCACUCACAAUCCCCAGACCGAGUCAACUUCCUCUCCCAAGCCCGAUGAAGCAACAAUAUCUUCUUUGGCAGAUACCUUUGAACAACUUUGGGAGUGUAGAAGAAAUAGAGCAGAUGAUCAAAGCAUUCCACAGGAAGAUAGGACUAGGACUCCCUCCCCACCCAUUCUGUCUACCUCUGACCAAUCAGAACCUACCUAUAUCUGCACCAAGUAUCAUCCUUCCAGCAGAUAAGACUCGAGAAGAUAAAUUGGAAGACUUCAAUCCAGCUCCAGAAAAGCCCAAAAUUCCCUUGGAUGAUACACCUUGGCACCCAUUCUCCUCAGAACUUGACUUUGAACUUGCAGAAUUUAUUCUAGAGGCUGCUUUAAAUGAAGUGCUGUUGAAAGGGCAAGAUUAUCAAUUUGAUGUAUACUACCAAGAUCUAUGGUCCUGGACUGUAGAAAUUCUUCAGGAUCCAGUCCUUGCUCCACACCUUAUCUGGGAUGCUCAUAACAUCUUUUGGGAGGUGCAGUUGGCUCUACAUGUUGAUGGAAAACCAAUAUGCUACAUCAUCUAUGCAGAUAAAACUUGGCUUUCUUCAUUUGGCACAGUUCAGGGUUAUCCUGUUAUCGUCAGAUUAGGAAACCUUCCAUCUAACAUUCAUAAUGGACAAGAUGUUGGGGGUGGGUGCAUUAUUGGAUGGCUACCUAUCGUACCUGAAGAGUCUCAGCAUCACAAUAAGACAUAUUAUGCUGAUUUCAAGAGGAUCAUAUGGCAUAAAGCAUUUGAGAUCAUUCUCUCAUCCAUUGCAGUGACAUGCACACAACACGUUUAUAUGUGUAAUUUUGUGAAUCCUGUGAAUCCAAACAUGUGUCAACCCACUAAGUAA